UACCCCUCAACCGCACACAAGCUAGCGUUGCCAAAUAAACCUCCUUUUUUCUUUUUAGUACGGAUUUAGCCCUUCGCUUUUGAGACCCUCAUUCCGCUAAACUCGCCUUUUGCGUAGAGCACGAAGUGAAUGGCCGCGCUGUCUUUCCAACCCGUUACUGGCUCGCGGCCCGCCUCAUCCAUCGCAGCGCGUCGAGACCCCGGCGACCUGUCGCCGCUUUCUCCAUCGCCAGCAGCGGCGGCGGCAGCAGCGGCAGCAAAGCAACUGUGGUUGCUCUAUUCGAAGCCGCGCUGCUGCCUUUGCGACGGGCUCAAGGAGAAGCUCAAUGCCGCCCUCUCCCUCCGCGGGCCCCACCCCCUCUCCUCCGUUCAUCUUCAGGCAACCCCAGCUGAGAAGCCCAUUUCUGUGAGGGAUAUCACGGAGAACUCAGAAUGGGAGAGAUUGUAUCAGUAUGAAAUUCCAGUUCUUGCCAAGAUUCUUCCCGAUGGCACUGAGGAAACGCUUCCAAGGUUUUCGCCUCGUCUUGGAGUUGAAGUCAUCCAGAGGAAAAUUGCAGCUGCAUUGGAACUGUGAUGGCUAGAAAUUAGUGUAUUUUCCAACCAAAACCUGUAACUAAGAUAAAAUUUAUUGCUUCAAAGAUUAACUUAGGCCCUUCCGUUCUAAAGAGAUGCAGCUUUUUAAGAUAUGAUUCCUGCUAUUUAUGUAGCUUUCAAGUAGCACGCUUAAGCUUUUUGCAUGAAUAAAGAGUUUGAUUAGUUUAAAAA